CAUCCUGUCAAGUCUAUGGUUUCAUAUGGUUCAUAACCUCACCUUUUUAAAAAAUGAAAAUAGGAAAACAGUUUCAUUUAGAUUUUGAUGCAAUUCUGGUGCAAUCACAACAGUUUCCACUGAUAAUUCUUUCUCAUGGAUCUGUUGAAAACUAUUUUGAGUUCCUGCGAAUGUGAAGAAUUGUAUGACAACUUCAAAAACAACAAUAUAGAUACGGAAACAUUGAAAAUCUUAAGUGAUGAAGACCUGCAGAUUGUUGGCAUUCAAGAUGAAAAAAAACGAGAGAAAAUUUUACUGAAAUUGAACAACCUGCGCAUUCCUGCUGAAAAGAAGAUAGACCUUUUGGUCGACAAAGAGUAUAUAAAUAGGGCGCUAAGGGACAUGUCUGAACAUCUCAAUGGUCACCUAGCCCUCUUGAUUUGUGCAGACUAUAGAAAAGAUAUUGAUCUUUGUGAUAUAAGGUUAACCCCGGCUGUGAACUGUUUGGAAAAUGUUUUAUGUUCACUGGAAAAAGAAAUAGAUUCGUUCAAAUCCAAGAUUUCAAGACAAAACGAGGCGAAAAGAAAAAAAUUGGGCAAACUAUAUAUUAUUCUUCCGACAGUUGCAGCUAUGACUGUAGUAAUAUAUUUUUGUAAAAAAUAUGUUUGUACUUGAAGCGAUACAACAUGUUGAUCGCUUCCUGAAUCCAGGGAUCAUUGAAAAAGCUCUAAUUCUACGUUUCUGUACAAAAGCACUGCUUAGAUAAUUAUAUGAAUAAACUUUUUUUAAUUUUG